UCAAGGUCUAGACUAAAUUGAGAAAUUAUUCUAACAGUUACUUCGCUCCCCAUUAUUGAGACAUCCAAAAGACAUUCUUAGUUUAAUCAAGAACGACACAUUAAAAAGUUUUAAACUAAUAUAAGAACUAUGUUUAAUAUUAAUUUAGCAUUUAAAACAUAUACUAUGUGAGCCGAAAAUAAAUAAUUUCAAUAGUAAAACAUAUAAACUUUGCGAAAGUUUGGUGAUUUUUAGAGAUUGGCAAGUUUAGGGCAGUUUCUGUGUGAUGGAUUCAAGAAUGCAGGACAGCCACAAGUCGUUUCUGAUUAAGGAUCUGCUGGGGGACGUGCUGAGAUCCGGCGUCGCUGCUAUGAUAGGUACUGCCCACAAGGACGAAGAUAGGGAUUCCGACAGAUGUCCCUCGAGAAGCAGUCAAAACUUGGUAGCGUCAGACGUCGAUGAUGACAUAUCAGUUGGCGAUAACCGAAGCGAAACAUCAACUCCGAAAAAGGCGCAAUACAGCUGUGAUUCAAACCACGAAUAUCCAAAAAAGGACACCGAAGAUGACCGAUCGUCACCAAACGAAUAUAACCUGAACCGAUUAUCAAGUUCAAAUUACAAUUCGCCUUUCAAAGAAGACGACAAUGAAUUUGAACAUCGUGCAGAUGAUCGCCUGAAGCUGUACGAUAGUGGUCUCUUUCAUCUGUAUCGCGCGGAUAGAGAUGCAAAUAAAGAGGAUAAUCCGCAUGAAGGCAGUUCAGCGUUUGGCCAUGUGACAGGUGGACUAUCGGAUAGUAUAUAUGGGAGGUCUAUGGAUUUGUCGAAGGGUUCUUUUCAAUCCCAACUGCUGGCCGGUUUUGCCGCGUCUGUCAUUGCCGGGGGUUCACAGAGAGACGCCCAUGAUAAUACAGAAAGAUCAUCAGCAUCUCGUCCGUCAGCGUCCUCCAGCGGCGGUCGCAAGCCGCGCCGGCGCAGGACCGCGUUCACGCAUGCGCAGCUCGCCUAUUUGGAGCGCAAGUUCCGCUGCCAAAAGUAUCUGAGCGUCGCUGACAGAGGGGAUGUAGCCGAUGCGCUGAGUCUUAGCGAAACGCAGGUCAAAACUUGGUACCAAAAUCGGAGGACAAAAUGGAAGCGGCAGAACCAGCUUCGUCUGGAACAACUGCGCGCGCAAGCAGCCACUGGCGAUCGCGAGUUGUCUGCGCAUGCGCUGCCGCUCGCGUGCGCGCUGCUCCCCCCGUACCCCGCGUACAUGCAUUGUCAUUUGUAAUUAAGUAAUUCAAUGAACGAAAUUGACUAGUAUUGUAACAAUGAUGAAGAGUUUAAGAGAGAGAGGAGGGGCUAAUGUUCUGUUGUUAAGUAUAUCAUACUAAUAUGAAAAUAAUGAUCUAAACAGAUAUUAUUUAAACGGAGUUAGAAUUACGACCUAGCUUUAUUUGACGAAAAUGGAUGGUGUGUACAUGACUUAUUCAAAACACUUGGUUCUGACGAUUUCACCAUGUCCGUCCGCUGUCUAGAGGGUUCGGUUCCCAGCGCGGGAAAUUAUUUAUACUCGUGUCACAAAUAUUGGUCUGCGGUUCUGGGUGUGUUGUGCCCGUUUCUGUGUUUGCGUCGACCGAAUCUUCGAUACAAGCUUAGUGAUUAGUGUGGGCCGUUGAGUGUUAUCCAUUUCUUGUUGUUAUUCAUGGAAGAAACUAACAUAUUUCUUGCACGAUCAAAAUUAACUUUAACUAAUACAUUUUAAUAUAUCUAUUUUCCGUUGUUUUCUAUUUAAGUAAGUAUAAUUUUUUAUAGUUAUUUUUAGUCAUGUUAAAAAAAGUGCAAUAUUUUUUUUCUAAUCUUUUAAAUUACAAGUACUUAGUCAUUAAUUAAUUAGAAUUAGAUUUGGUUGCACCAGUCAACUUUGACGUUAACUUUAACCUGCCCAGAAGAACGC